CUUUCACUCAGCUGUCCUGUCACUCGAAUAGCAGCGUCUCUGAGUCUGUUCCACAAAGCACUCGGACGGCCGGAGGUGAGCUUGCAACUAACUUUUUCAUCUACGGCAACGUUGAACAACAAUGGAGUGCCAUGAGUCCGCCAACAACAAUAAUCCCUCACAACAUGUCCCUCCUGAUGGAAUUGGGAUGCAGGAACCUGUCCAAUCUCCAGCAUUGGCACCCAACGCUGAUCAACUAGAGAAGCAAGGAGCACCUGAGAAAGACCCAAAAGACCCCAUCACUUCCGAUCAGGCGCCGGUAAAGGCGGCCUCCCAUGCACUGAAGGAGGAGGCUCUGCCUGAGCCGGACCCGAUAGGCCCUGACAUCGGGGAGGAGCUGAACAGGCAGCUGGAGGACAUCAUCAAAAACUAUGGCCCCGGGGACAACACGGUGGGCAAGGAGGUGCAGGAAGAGGCGGGGAGAGGUGAGGCUUUGAACAACGGAGAGGUGGAGGCCCAGGAAGAUGGGGACAGGGAGCAGCCAGGGUCUGCAUGCACUGACGAUGCCGACAAGGAAACAGAGAAGGAGCAGAAGCUGGAUAAAAAGAAGCUGAAGGGAAUGGGGAAGGAGAUCGUUGCCUUGGUGCAGAAUCUGAGUAAGAUCAGCUCGCCCGAGGAGAGGCAAGAUGCACUGCUCCUGAAGUACUCGGAACUGCUGGAGGAGUACCGGGGAGAGCAGAAGCAGAGGAAGUUGGUCCAGAAGAAGCAGACGCAGCUGACCAAGGAGAAGGAUCAUCUACAGGGUGAACAUACCAGGGCCAUCCUAGCCCGCAGCAAGCUCGAGAGUCUGUGCCGGGAGCUCCAGAGACACAACAGGACCCUCAAGGAGGAGAGUUUACAACGAGCAAGGGAAGAGGAAGCGAAACGGAAGGAGGUGACCAAGCAUUUCCAGGACACCCUGGUCGACAUUCAGACCCAGAUAGACCAGCACACCCAGCGGAACAUCAAGCUGGGUGAGGAGAACACGGAGCUGGCCAGCAAGCUGCAAACCAUCAUUGAACAAUAUGAGUCUCGAGAGGAGCACUUUGAGAAGAUCUUCAAGCACAGGGAUCUGCAGCAACAACUGGCAGAUGCAAAGCUACUGCACGGACAGGAACUGAUUAAAGAGGCUGACGAACGGCAUGGGCAAGAACGAGAAUAUCUACUGACCCAAGCUGCUGAGUGGAAGCUGCAAACCAACAUCAUGAAGGAACAAGAGACACUGCUCAAGUCCCAGAUUACAUUGUACUCGGAGAAGUUUGAGCAGUUCCAGGGCACGCUGGCGAAAAGCAAUGAAGCUUUUGGCACCUUCAAGCAAGACAUGGAAAAGAUGACGAAGAGGAUGAAGAAGCUUGAGAAGGAGACCUUAAUGUGGAAGACAAAGUGGGAAUCCUGCAACCAAGUUCUGCUGGGUAUGAUUGAGGAGAGAGAAAUGCGAUCCAAGGAAUACGAGUGCUUCCAGUUGAAGAUCAAGAGAUUGGAGAACCUGUGCCGGGUGCUGCAGGAUGAGAGGACCGAGCUCUACACAAAGAUCCUGAACAUGCGCGGCAAGGCGGGGACAACAGAAACCCAGGCCGCCACUGAAGAGGAGACAGAAGACGGCUUUGCCCUCAGUGUCACUGCAGGGCAACAGCGUCUGCAAGACAUUGCCGCAGCGUUCACGGUCGUCCACUAUGCAGAGGGCAGGCAAGACAGUAGCGCUUCCCCGGGCUCACUGGAGCCUGUUGCAGAGAUGGUGAACUCCCCGUUACUGGUCCAGCAGACAGCGCCAGGAGAUGCUGCUGGAACAGCCGACCCGGCUCUGCCAACAGAGUCUGCUUCAGCUCCUAGCCCACUGCCUGACUCUACUGCUGUUCCACCUCCACUACCUGCCCCGGCCUCUGCUCCCAUUCCUGCUUCGGUUCACACUCCACUCGCUGCUCCUGCUGCGCUUCAUGCUGUCGCUGCGGGUCCAGCUGUCGAACCUACUCCCGGUUCAGGACUUGCUCCAGUCCCUGUUCCAACUCCAGUCCAUGUUUCCACCCUGGUUCCUGCUCCAGCUUCUGAUCCAGCUCCUGUCCCUGCUUUAGUUCCACUUCCAGUUUCUGCUCCAGUUCCUGCUACCACUCCCGCUUUCAUCCCAGCUCCAGUUCCUGCUUCGGUCCCUGCUCCCACUCCAGUUACUGACGCCGCUCCAGUUUCUGCUGUGGUCCCUGUCCUUGUUCAAGCUCCCGUUCCUGCUCCCUCUCCAGUUGCUGCUCCAGCACGCAACCCCGUUCCGGUUUCCGCCCCACUUCCAGUGCCUGCUCCGGCUGCGGGUCCCACUCCACUCCCCAUUCCCACUGCAGUUUCCUCUCCUAUUACACGGGCCAUUCCCGCUCCAGCUCCUCCCUGUGAAACAGCAGAAGCUAGAGCUGCUGAAGCUGCAGUGGCCGGGAGGGCGGGAGGCACUGACUUGGAUACUGUUGACUGAUUGGGAAGUACAGUCAGGCACUGGCAAUUACUUUUUAACACUUGUCAAUAAAGGGUUAAUUUGUUUUCCAAUA